CCAAUUGGAAAUCUCACAGCUGAUUCCUCGUGGAAAGCGCGUGCGAAAUGUAAACAAACAAUUUGUGAUUUUAUUUUUAGAACAUUUCUUGAGAUAACUUCCCUCUCGCGAAAUUCUAUUCAAUUGGUUGAUAUUUUUACACAAAAAGUACGUUUGCUGUUUUAAAAUUAAAUCUGUUUUCUAUUGAAAUCUUGUUAUUUUUUUUUCUUUCUGCUCUGCGCCACCCAGAGAUGUUGAGGUGACCAGAAGCGAGUCACUGUGUCAAAUACCACCAACUUGAACUCCUCGCGCGCUUUUCACGCUAAUUAGAGAAAUUAGAGGAUUAAUAAUUAAUUUAGGAAUUAAAAGGAUGAAGAAGAAAGUGGAGACGAUAAAGCAGGGAACGUGUAUUUUAACGGAAAAACCCUUUGUGCACGUACUAAAGGCAAAAUAUCGCAAAGAACGUUGUGAUCAUUGUUUCAGCAGUGGUAAAGUCCUAAAGUGUUCAGGAUGUGAGUACGUGUACUACUGCAAUAGAACGUGCCAGACAGAAGCGUGGAAUUUGCAUAAAAUUGAAUGUCCCUACCUGAAGAAGAUCACUCCGAGAAUUGUUCCAGAUGCCGCAAGAAUCCUCGCGAGGAUUAUCCUGAAACUCCAGCAAGGCGGUGACCUCGAAAAGGGCUAUUACACAAAAUUGUGCUACAGAAAAUUCAGAGAUCUCAUGUCUCAUUAUCAUGAAAUACGAAAUGAUCCAAAGCGUUUGGAGCACCUUGAGAGUCUCUCAAUGGUUCUGCGUGACCUUCUUGGUGAGAAAUUAGUGCCAAACUUUACGGAACUCCAAGGAAUCUACGGAAGGCUCGUUGUCAAUGGCUUCAACAUUCUCGAUGGCGAGAUGAAUUCCAUCGGCACGGGGAUAUAUCUGGGGGUGUCUGUUGUGGAUCACAGAUGUACCCCAAAUGCCGUGGCUACAUUCGAGGGUACAACACUCUUCGUACGCGCUCUCACGGACCUCCCAGCGCUCGAUUGGUCCCAAAUCUUCAUAUCCUACGUGGAUCUCAUGCAAACCCCCGCCGAUCGUCGUGCUGAACUCAAAGCAAACUACUACUUCCUCUGUACCUGUUCACGUUGCAUUGGGCCACAAGAGCAACUCCAAAUGGAAGCUGCAGCAUGCCCCAGCAAAGAUUGCGAUGAGUACGUCGUGCUACAGGAUAAAUGCCUCCCGGUGGCGUGUGGGAAAUGCGGCACGAGAGUUACGGAAAAAUUCCUCGAGGAAUUUUGUGAAGUUACGAAUUUCACGAAGCUUCAAUUGGCCAGCAUGAAGGAUGUUGCUUAUUUGGACGUAUGCAAAAUUUGCUUUGCAAAGCAAAAGAAUGUUUUGCAUCGCCUAAAUUUGUGGCAUACCAAGACACUUGAUUUGGCAUUUGAGAGUGCCAUUGAGAUGGGUAAAUGGCAGGACGCGCGUUCAUUUGGCCAGCUGUUGCUGCCCGGCUUCAGAAAGUACAAUGGAGAUUUUAAUCCUUUACUCGGACUUUUGUACAUGAAAUUGGGAAAAAUUGAAUUGUACCUGGAGCACAUUGCUGUGGCACGUGAAUACCUGUUGGAAGCAUCAAAGAUUCUCCGUGUAACACACGGAGAGACACACAGCUUGUACGCGAAACAAUUAAUACCCCUUCUGGAGCAAACUUAACUGUGAUGAAAUUAAAUGAAAAUCCUUUCAAACGAUGGAAUUGAGAGCAAUCGCACGACGAUUUGUAUUCUGAAAGAGUGCCCGGAUUAAAUGUUUUACUUCUUCGGCUUUAAAGCUUAGUGUGAGGGGACCCUUUCCGGAUGCCCAUUGAUCCGUUAUUUCCGCCAGGGAAGCACCCAAAAUCAUUUUAAGUUGCUGCAACUUUGUCCAACUUUUCACGGCAACAUUAAUUUCCAAUGGAUCCUG